AUGAAAAUUCCCAAUAUUAUUAUUGUUUUUAUUUUAAUAUAUAACACAAUAUUAUGGAUUUAUAUUACUCCAAUGGAAGGUCCAUCGACGAGUAAAAAACGAAAAAUUAAUGAAAUUUCAUCUUCUAAAAAACAGUCGGAGAAUGCUUUCAACAUUAAACUUACAAAGAUAAAAGACAAAAAUAAUUGUAAUUAUCAGAUAACUAAAGUUAUUAAACCAACAAUUAAAAUUCAAAAUGAAUUAAUUAAUUAUUAUAAAGCAAAAAAUAAAAAAUUCGAAAAAGCAUGGCUUCAAUCAAAACAGGGAAAGGAAACGUUAAUAACUGAUCGGAUUGACAAUGACUUGAAAGUAUGGAUUUUGUUGUGUAGUGGUAUCGCUAUAGUAUAAAAGCCAGUGA